AUGCCGACCCUAACCACGCCCGCCUCCUUCACCGACACAUUCACGCGCUUGAUGCACACCCCGCCCUCCUCUCUCCCCUCCUCCUCAACAUCUCAAGAAGAAUCCGACCUCCUCCGCCAGAUCCGCGCCGCGCUCGACCGCACAACCUCCGAGCCCACACCCGUGCACUCCUCCUCCACCAUCCUCCCACCCACUUCCCCAUCAUCAAAUGCAGGCCUGCACGAGACCCUCACCUGGUCCUCCACGCGCGUCGCGCUCUCCUACGGCGGCUCCGUCUCGCGCCAGUGGUCAUUCGAGCGCGACGGGCAGCCCGUGCAGUGGGCCUGCCGCGCGUGGCUCGAGGGCGGCGUCACGCUCAGCGCUGAUAGGCGCAAGAAGGAUUACGGGGGGGAUGGGGG